GUUUCUUCUAGGGUUUGGGGCUCGUGUGGAAGCGCCAGGGGCGGGAUUUCAGCUGAAGAGCCCUCUCCUCGCAGAAUGCGUGCGAUCGAUUAGCUAGUUCUUGGGCGAUCCACAGCGAGGAGGCGAUGGAUCAGCAGCAGGAGCAGCAAUCCGCGAGGAGGACCGAAUUUCUCCAUUACAAGCUCGGGAAGACGCUGGGAAUUGGCUCGUUUGGCAAGGUGAAGAUCGGGGAGCAUGUACUCACAGGCCACAAGGUUGCUAUCAAGAUUCUUAAUCGGAGGAAGAUUAGAGCCAUGGACAUGGAAGAGAAAGUGCGCAGAGAAAUCAAGAUAUUGAGGCUGUUCAUGCAUCCUCACAUCAUCAGGCUGUAUGAAGUUGUGGAGACGAGCACCGACAUUUUCGUGGUGAUGGAGUUUGUCAAGUCGGGGGAGCUCUUCGACUACAUUGUUGAGAAUGGUCGACUCCAGGAAGACGAAGCUCGUUGUUUCUUCCAGCAGAUUAUCUCGGGUGUUGAGUACUGUCAUAGAAACAUGGUCGUUCAUCGUGACCUCAAGCCGGAGAAUUUGCUUCUCGGCUCCAAAUGCAGUGUCAAGAUCGCGGAUUUUGGCCUGAGCAACAUUAUGCGAGACGGUCACUUUCUGAAAACAAGCUGUGGAAGUCCGAACUAUGCUGCUCCAGAGGUGAUUUCCGGUAAGCUCUAUGCUGGACCAGAAGUAGACGUAUGGAGCUGUGGGGUGAUACUAUACGCACUUCUCUGUGGCAGCCUUCCCUUUGACGACGAAAACAUUCCAAAUCUAUUCAAGAAAAUCAAGGGUGGCAUCUACACACUUCCAAGUCAUCUCUCUUCUGGUGCGAAAGACUUAAUCCCGCGAAUGUUACUGGUUGAUCCGAUGAAGCGGAUGACAGUUGCGGAGAUUCGUGAACACCCGUGGUUUCAAGUUAAUCUUCCUCGGUAUCUUGCCGUCCCACCCUUGGACUCGGCCGAACAAGCCAAGCGGAUUGAUGAAGAUAUCGCAAAUGAAGUUGCGAGACUGGGAUUUGAAAAGGGCCAACUUAUAGAUUCUCUUCGCAACCGAGUGCAAAAUCCAGCAACUGUUACGUAUUAUCUCAUGCUGGACAAUAGAAAGCGCACUGGAGGCAAUGGCAACGAGCUUUCGGAAGUUCAGGAUGUGGCGAGAGCGUUCCCGCAGUCUUUUGCCCCUCAAUCCCGGCAAAUGAGCCGUGUGCAUUCUACUACUUCACCUUUGCUCGAAGUUCCACGUCUUCAAGCCGAGAGACGCUGGGCUCUGGGAUUGCAGUCUCGAGCGCAUCCGAGAGAGAUAAUGAACGAGGUACUUAAGGUAUUGCAAGAACUGGACGUAAGCUGGAAGAAGCUCGGUCACUACAACGUAAAGUGCCGGUGGACGUUUGCUCCACCAUCGAAAGCUCCCUGCAGCUUGCCUGGAUCUCCAAUGAUCUCAGAGCCAUUGCACGAGCGCAUUGCUGUCGCUGCUGCUACUGCUGCUGCGGACAUUGUGGAACAGGGUCGACGAAAUCUUGUCAAGUUCGAGGUCCAACUUUAUAAGAUGCACGAAGAGAAAUACCUGCUGGAUCUGCAAAAGCUCGAGGGCCCGUUCUUCACAUUUCUGGAUUUCUGCACCAUGUUCUUAGCAGAGCUACGGGUUCUCUAAAAUGAUAUGUGAUGAUUCCCGUCCCAUACAAUCAACGGCAGUGCGCCGAGAUUAUCACCGUGCUCUUGCGCUACCACAGAUUUCUUUGCCUCGAAAGUGUGAGCCUCAGUACGAAAAAAUCGACCUUUUCCUCGUCUGCUUCUUCAAGAAUCCAAAGCUUCGUGCUAAAUUGGAGCACAUAUAUCCACACUCUCUUACCUGGUAGUUUUUUUCACUGAUCAAAUCGCUCUAGCAAUCCUUAAAUCUUGCUCAUCGAGAAAAAACCAAGUGUCUAGGAUAUUCUGUGUUUACAUCCAACGGCUCACAUUAA